CAGGAGGAGGAGGACGACGCUGCCCGGAUAGGCCCAGGAAUAAUGGAUUCCAAAGAGGAACAAGCAGGGAUGCAUCUCAGUGUGGAAAAUAUCCACGAUGAAUAUGAAGAAAAGCACGAAAAGGAGCAAGACGUUGAUGAAGGAGAGCCUUUGGUGCUCCCUUUGGAAGUUGGUGAAUACCAUAUACCUAGAGGAAAUCGUAGGCGACCCAGAGUUAUGCAGCCCAUUCACCAGUAUAGAUGGGAUAUGAUUCAGAGGCUUGGAGGGCCUCAGGCCAGGAUGAGAGAGGAAAAUGUAGAAAGAAUUGGGGAGGAGAUGAGGGAGCUGAUGGAAAAACUGAGGGGUAAACAGUUGAGUCAUAGUCUGCGGGCAGUUAGCACUGACCCCCCCCACCGGAACCAUCUGGAUGAGUUUUGCCUUAUGCCAUGA